CACAUAUUUGAAUUGAGUUAGUGAUUUGUACGUUUGCAACAUAUAUGCCUCUAAUCCGGGUAAUCCCUUUGUAGCCUCCUUCUUCUCAAGUUUCUAUAAAUGGUCAUUCACCUUAAACAUAAGAGAAAACCAGCCCCCAAAAAGGAAAGCCGUUACAUUGGUUUACCCAAUGUAUUCUAUCUAAAGAUCUGGUCAAACAACUAAUCUGGUUCUCUAAUUUGUCUCUUUGCCUUAACUAAAAAAAAUGUCCCAAAAGAGAUGGAAACCCCAUCACGUGUCCUAAAAUUACAACACCAUUAACCAUUUCCACUCAUUAAUCUAUUUCAUUUUGAGCCUUUAAUCGUUAUUCAACUUGACCUGUACAAGUACAGGGCAAAGGGUGGCUAAAUUUUGUAGAGUUCAUCAUCAUCAUAUCUCAAUUUUUCUGAGAUAUAGAGAAAAAGAACUCUUCCUGUGGUUUCUCACUGAACGUUUUAUCAUUUAUUGUAUUUUGGUAUUGUAUAUACCAUUAUUGAUCUUUCUCUGUUGAGCUUUUGAAGUUUAACAACAGAAAGAAAGACAAAAAAACACAACAAUGGCGUUCAGUGGAACCCAACAGAAAUGCAAGGCAUGUGAUAAGAUUGUUCAUUUCAUUGAAAUGUUAUCAGCUGAUGGAGUUAUUUAUCACAAGACUUGCUUCAAAUGCAGUCACUGCACUGGCCUUCUUGUGAUAAGCAAUUACUCCUCCAUGGAUGGAGUCUUGUAUUGCAAGCCUCACUUUGAGCAACUCUUCAGGGAAACUGGUAGUUUCACCAAGAAAUUUCAAUCUGGAAAGCCACCAACAGAUCAACUGGCCAGGGCCCCUAGCAAGCUCUCCUCCAUGUUCUCUGGAACUCAAGACAAAUGUGCAAUCUGCAGCAAAACAGUAUAUCCACUGGAAAAGGUAACUGUGGAGGGAGAGUUUUACCACAAGUCAUGCUUCAGGUGUAAUCAUGGUGGUUGCUUCCUGUCAGCAUCAUCCUAUGCUGCUUUGGAUGGAAUUCUUUACUGCAAACACCACUUUGCCCAGUUAUUCAAGGAGAAGGGAAGCUAUAAUCACCUAAUUAAAACUGCUUCAAUGAAGAAAAAUGGAGUUCUAUUAAAUCAACAGAAGCCUGAGAUAAUAGAAAAAACUAAAGCUGAAGAAGGAACAGAAGUAAACCCAGAUGAGGAUUCAGUCCAAACAUAAAAUCAAGUCAAUAAAAAUAAGGAAGACAGUCAGUCAGUCAGCUUGAUUUAAUAAUUUUGGUUUGAUAUAUUUUUCAACAUGUAGCAAUGCUUUUUUCAUUAUGUAUUAAUUGUAUAAGGAAGUUGUUGCUAUAGAAUUGUUCCUGGCUUUCACUUCAAUAUAUAGCAUGAAUUUUUCAAUCCA